AUUUUAGCACUGUAUGCAUUUUAUAACUUGUUGAAUAUUUCAUUGUUUCGUUUUUUGAAUUGUCUAGAAUAAAUAUUGUUUUGUUACUACUGCCUUCAAAAUAACCGAUGGCUAACUUGGAAAAAUCAAAAGAUGAAAAUCAAAUCAAAUUAAAACAACGAGAACAUGUCGUCACUGAAGAAAUUUUGUCUACCAUUGACCACAACAAUAAGACAAAUGAUGAUUAUAAAACUGAUAUAAACCAUAACUCAACGAAUGAUAUGAAAAUCAAAUACGAACAAAUUGCUCUGAUUGGUUCCGGGGCCUAUGGAACGGUUUAUAAAGCCGCAGAUCGUCAAAAUGAAGGUCGAUUUGUUGCUUUGAAAAAAAUUCGCAUCCCAACGACUGAAAUCGGUGUACCAGUAAGCAUUGUGCGCGAAAUUUCCGUACUCAAACAGUUACAAUCUUUUGAUCAUCCUAAUGUUGUCAAACUUUUGGACAUUUGUCAUGGUAACAAUUUUGAACUUGAGAAACAAUUUACCCUGUUCUUGGUAUUCGAACACAUCGAACAAGAUCUAUCAUCCUAUUUACAAAGAUGCCCUGCACCUGGUCUUGGUUUAGACAAAAUUAAAGAUCUAAUGUUCCAGAUUAUGACUGGUGUCGAUUUUCUUCAUUCGAAUCGGAUUGUUCAUCGUGAUAUAAAACCGGCCAAUAUAUUAAUCACUAAUCGUGGUCAGGUUAAACUAGCCGAUUUUGGCUUGGCACGAAUCUACAUACAGGCUCAAAGAUUGACAGCUGUGGUUGUUACCCUUUGGUAUCGUGCUCCCGAAGUUCUACUUACUACAACCUAUGGUACCCCAGUUGAUAUUUGGAGCUGUGGCUGCAUAUUUGCUGAGCUUUAUAACAGAAAACCAUUGUUCUGUGGACAAUCAGAGACUGAUCAAUUGUGUAAAAUUUUCGACAUCAUCGGUUCACCUGAUCCUAGCGAAUGGCCCAAUGAUUCAGUACUACCAUUGAGUAAUUUUUCUAAUUUCAAACGACGAAAUCUUGAUAACAUCAUGAAAGAUGUUUGUUCUGAUGGCAGAAAUCUGUUCAAAGUGAGUUUAUUUACUGCCAAUUGGGAUUCAUUAGGUCAACAAGUUUAUAAAAAACAAGAAUUCUGUCAAUUACAAUGGGGUGCAAAAAUUUCCUUAGACGAAUACGAUAUUUUUGCCGCUUCCUAUGGUGGUCCCAUUGCUUUAUUGCGAAAAGAACUUCCUAUGCGAAAAGUCAACUAUAGGUUGAUUGAAAUUUAUACGGCAAUGGGUGAUCAAUUGUCUACUUUGACCAUAAAAGACGUGGAUAUCGUCGAUAUCGGUUGGUCACAUAAAGAAGAUUUGGUCUGUGUUCAUGCUAACGGGUUCAUUUCUUUAUAUGAUCUAUUCGGACAACAUAUCAGUACAUUGACACUGGAACAAGAAAUACGCGAUUCGAAGAUAGUAGAAUGCAAAAUUUUUACAACGAUCAACAGAACCGGUGUGGCCAUAAUGACACAGUCGUUAAGUUUUUAUCUUUAUAAUAAUCUGUAUCAUUUGAAACUGCGACGUCUAGCCGAGAUUCCAUAUCUGAAUGAAAGACCUUUAUGCUGGGAUAUAAUAUCUUUCGAUGCUGACACGAAACUUAUCGUUUCGCAUCACAAAGAAUUGAUUAUUCUUAAAUCACAAGAUCUAAGCUGUACUUCCAUCAAUCCGUUUGAUGGUGAACAAAACAAAGAAACUGUCACCUGUAUUCGUGUUUCUUUCGAUUAUAGCCAAAUUGUUUUAUUUACCGAAACUGGAAAAUUAUAUCUGGCAUCAACUGCCAAUGAUAUAUCCACCUAUUAUAGCAUGUUCGAUACAGAAAGUAAAACUAAACCAAAACAACUGGCAUGGUGUGGUAACGAUGUGGUUGCUGCUCAUUGGGCCAAUCUAUUAUUUCUAGUCGAUAUGGAUCGAAAUUGGCUCAAAUAUCCAACAUAUGGUCAUGUGCAUAUGAUACAAGAGAUUGAUUGUAUUCGAGUCGUUGAUAAUUCAUUUCAAGAAAUAAUUACCAAAGUUGAUCGAGCUGCUGUUGAUAUUUUCAAAAUUGGCUCAGUUUCGAGCGCUUCAAACUUGUUGGAAGCCAGCAAGCUAUUUGAUCAACAGAAUCACAAAGUGGAUGAUUAUAUCCGUUUGAUUCAAGAAAAAAAUGAAAUGGAAAUGGCCGUUGAUAUGUGUCUGGAAACGGCUUGUCAUGAAUUCGAUGUAGCUACACAAAAAAUGUUGCUACGUGCAGCUUCAUUUGGCAAAUGCUUUACAUCGAAUGUGGACAACAAUAAGUUUGUACGAGUUUGCCAAGAAUUGCGAAUAUUGAAUGCAAUACGAAAACCAGACGUUGGUAUACCAUUAACUCAUUGCCAAUUCGAAAAAUUAAAAAUCGAUUCUCUCAUUGAUCGUCUGACCGAAAGACAUUAUUUUUUUCUUGCUUUAAAAUUGGCCGAAUAUUUGAAAAUAGUGCCGGAAGACGGCAGCAUUAAAAUACUGACAAGAUGGGCAUUCUAUAAAAUUCGGCAACAAGAUAUUGAUGAGGAAAAGAUAGCCAAUCAAAUUGCACAAAAAAUUUCUCCAAAUUCUGGUGUAUCGUUUGCUGAAAUAGCAAACAAAGCGAUCGAAUAUGGACGAAAAAAUUUAGCGAUACGAUUACUAGAUUAUGAAUUGAAAGCAACUGAUCAGGUUCCUUUAUUGCUCAAAUUAAAAGAAUAUAGACGAGCAUUGCAACGUGCAAUUGAAAGUGGCAAUACAUAUCUAAUUUAUAUGGUGGUAUUGAGCUUUAAAAAAAUUCAAACUUCGGAACAAUUUUAUCUUGGAUUACGUGAAUAUCCAGUAGCCUAUAGUCUUUAUCAAAAGUAUUGUAAACAAGCUGAUCAAGAUCAGCUACAAAAUAUAUACUUUCAAGAGAAUGAUCUGAUUGCCGAAGGUCUUACCUAUUUAGAACAAUGUUGUCUAACACCGCCAUUGUCAAUGACGGCCAAUGAACGAAAAUCUAAAAUGAGCCUUGUUAGUUCGGCAUUGGAUACAUUUAAAAAAUCUCGAAAUGAUUUCUUAACCACACAUUCAGAGGAAUAUUCUCGUUUAUUGAAAUAUCAAUUGAAAUUGGAGGAUAAAUUUGCAUCAGCAACACCGACUGGACUAAAGUUCUUCGAUCUUUCCUUACAGGAUACGAUGCGAUUAUUAUUACAACGUCGUGAAUAUAAAUUAAGUGAUGAAUUAAGAAAAGAAUUUAAAGUGUCUGAUAAGCGUUAUUAUUAUCUACGUUUGAUUACAUUAGCCGAAAUUGAUGAAUGGUCAGAGAUUGAACGGCUUUCUAAAGCAAAAAAAUCACCAAUUGGUUAUGAGCCAUUUGUUGACGUAUGUAUUCAACGUCAAAAUCGUUAUGAAGCACAAAAAUAUUUGCCGAAAAUUCGUGAUGAAAAUAAGAUUAAAUAUUAUAUAAAAACUGGGAAUCUGGAAGAUGCAGCCAAAUUUGCUUUUGAUAAGAAAGAUAUUGAAGCACUUAAUUUCAUUCAAACAAAAUGUUCAUCAUCAACCGUUGGUAGCCAUCAUCGAAUGUUACAGGAAAAAAUUCGAACAAUGAUUGAUCAAAUCAGCAAAUAAAUGUGAAAAAUAAAAUAAAAAAUUUCGAUAAGAAUUUA